AUGACUGUGCGUUUCACAGUGGAACACACGGCCAUUAUCCCGUCUCUGGGUGGGAAUGUGGAGCCGUCUCUCGGUGGGAAUGUGGGGCUGUCUCUGGGUGGGAAUGUGGAGCAGUCUCUGGGUGGGAAUGUGGAGCCGUCUCUCGGUGGGAAUGUGGGGCAGUCUCUGGGUGGGAAUGUGGGGCCGUCUCUGGGUGGGAAUGUGGGGCCGUCUCUGGGUGGGAACGUGGGGCCGUCUCUGGGUGGGAAUGUGGGGCCGUCUCUGGGUGGGAAUGUGGGGCCGUUUCUGGGUGGGAAUGUGGAGCCGUCUCUGAGUGGGAAUGUGGAGCCGUCUCUGGGUGGGAAUGUGGGACCGUCUCUGGGUGGGAAUGUGGGACCGUCUCUGGGUGGGAAUGUGGGACCGUCUCUGGGUGGGAAUGUGGGACCGUCUCUGGGUGGGAAUGUGGAGCCGUCUCCGGGCGGGAAUGUGGAGCCGUCUCUGGGUGGGAAUGUGGGACCGUCUCCGGGUGGGAAUGUGGAGCCGUCUCUGGGUGGGAAUGCGGGGCCGUCUCUGGGUGGGAAUGCGGGGCCGUCUCUGGGUGGGAAUGUGGAGCCGUCUCUGGGUGGGAAUGUGGAGCCGUCUCCGGGUGGGAAUGUGGAGCCGUCUCUGGGUGGGAAUGUGGAGCCGUCUCCGGGCGGGAAUGUGGAGCCGUCUCUGGGUGGGAAUGUGGGACCGUCUCCGGGUGGGAAUGUGGAGCCGUCUCCGGGUGGGAAUGUGGAGCCGUCUCUGGGUGGGAAUGUGGGGUCGUCUCCGGGUGGGAAUGUGGACCCGUCUCCGGGUGGGAAUGUGGAGCCGUCUCUGGGUGGGAAUGUGGAGCCGUCUCUGGGUGGGAAUGUGGGACCGUCUCUGGGUGGGAAUGUGGGGCCGUCUCUGGGUGGGAAUGUGGAGCCGUCUCUGGGUGGGAAUGUGGAGCCGUCUCUGGGUGGGAAUGUGGAGCCGUCUCUGGGUGGGAAUGUGGGGCCGUCUCUGGGUGGGAAUGUGGGGCCGUCUCUGGGUGGGAAUGUGGAGCCGUCUCCGGGUGGGAAUGUGGAGCCGUCUCCGGGUGGGAAUGUGGAGCCGUCUCUGGGUGGGAAUGCGGGGCCGUCUCUGGGUGGGAACGCGGGGCCGUCUCUGGGUGGGAAUGCGGGGCCGUCUCUGGGUGGGAAUGCGGAGCCGUCUCUGGGUGGGAAUGCGGGGCCGUCUCUGGAUGGGAAUGUGGAGCCGUCUCCGGGUGGGAAUGUGGAGCCGUCUCUGGGUGGGAAUGCGGGGCCGUCUCUGGGUGGGAAUGUGGAGCCGUCUCCGGGUGGGAAUGUGGAGCCGUCUCUGGGUGGGAAUGCGGGGCCGUCUCUGGGUGGGAACGUGGAGCCGUCUCUGGGUGGGAAUGCGGGGCCGUCUCUGGGUGGGAAUGUGGAGCCGUCUCUGGGUGGGAAUGUGGAGCCGUCUCCGGGUGGGAAUGUGGAGCCGUCUCUGGGUGGGAAUGCGGGGCCGUCUCUGGGUGGGAACGUGGAGCCGUCUCUGGGUGGGAAUGCGGGGCCGUCUCUGGGUGGGAAUGUGGAGCCGUCUCCGGGUGGGAAUGUGGAGCCGUCUCCGGGUGGGAAUGUGGAGCCGUCUCUGGGUGGGAACGUGGAGCCGUCUCUGGGUGGGAAUGCGGGGCCGUCUCUGGGUGGGAAUGUGGAGCCGUCUCUGGGUGGGAAUGCGGGGCCGUCUCUGGGUGGGAAUGUGGGGCCGUCUCUGGGUGGGAAUGUGGGGCCGUCUCUGGGUGGGAAUGCGGGGCCGUCUCUGGGUGGGAAUGUGGAGCCGUCUCUGUCGUACAUCUGUACAGGCAACACUGAAUAUGGGCUAUAA